AUGAGUGCUUAAUAAAGAAGAUUAUAAGAAUAAAUGCUUAAGAUGGGUUAUUAACCUGGAAAAAAGAGUUUGUUUUAGUUGAAACCUAUAUCUCACUCUAGAUAAUUUCAAACUCUUCCUGAUAUUCCUAUUACACAAAGGGUAGAAGUUACUCCUUAAGGAGCUUCAAAAUUAUAAAAGAUAGUUAAUACAUAUCGAGCUUCAAAUGCUAACAUUAGAAUUACUUGCAAAAGAACAUCAAUCUAAAGAAUGUCCAUUAAGGAAUAAAUAAAGAAUUAUGUAAAAUACUAAAGUAGUGUGUAAGUAUAUCAAUUAUUUUAUAGAUAACUUGAUGGUUUAGAUGCUCUUAGAAAUCUUAUUAAAAAUGGAGAUACUUUGAGUCUUAAUAUAAACAAAGCAUCAAAUAUAGAAUUCUUUGUAGGAUCACUGAGUGAUGGACAUGGAUUAUUUGGAGAUUAAAUUUCUUCCUUAAUUACACAGUUUUAUUUAGAAGAGCUAAAAAAAUUGUUUGAUUCGAUUCCCAUAUUAUAGCUGAGCUUAACUUUAAAAGAUAAUCUAAAGAAGAUUUAUUAACAGAUUGAAUAAAAAUUAGUAUAUUAGUGUUUAUAUUAUAUUUUAGAUUGAAUAAACCUUAUAUGAUUAUAGAUUGAGUGGAGCCUCACUGCUAAGUUUAAUUAUAGUUAAUAACAUAAUAUACUGUUCAAAUUUGGGAGAUUCAAAAGCUGCCUAUUUUUAUAAAUCAGAAUAGCUAAAUGACAAUCCAAAAUAAAUAAGAAAAUUUGUCUAAAAAAAUUUAAAUUAAAUUCAUGAUACAAAUAGUGAAAAGGAAGUGGAGAGAAUAAUAAAAAGGGGAGGGAAAAUAGAUUAAGCCCUUUUUAAAGGAUAAAAAGAGGGAAGUUUAAAAAUAUGGGUUCCUAAAUUAAAUUAUCCUGGCAUCAAAAUAACAAGAUGUUUUGGAAAUCUAAUUGGUAAAAGCAUAGGAGUUCUAGCCGAACCUGAUGUUCUGGAAUUCAAAAUUCCAAAAUCGGGAUAUCUUCUUAUUGCAAGCACAGGAUUAUGGGAGAAAUUAGAUCUAUUGGUGAUUGAUAAAAUCUUAGAUAGCAAUUACCCUCCAUAAUCUUGGGCUGAUGUAGAUAAGACCAUAAAAUAACUUGGAAAUGAAACUAAAAAAUUUUGGGACCCAGAUGGAUAAGGAUCUGUAGACAUUUCUUUAAGCUUAGUUUACAUAUCUUUAGAAAAGUGA